AUGCUAUAUUCAGGAGGGAAUUUGGUGGGACGAUACUACCUUCAACAGUUCCAUUUUCAUUGGGAUGGUAAUGAUCGUUUCGGCAGCGAACAUACUCUUGAUGGAUUACAUUAUCCUUUGGAAGUACAUUUUGUGCACAUUCGAGAGCAUCUCAACGAGUCAACUGCCCCACUUGUACCUGAUGGUAUCGCAGUGAAUCCAAGAGCGAUAACCCGUCUUAUACUCCAGGAAGCAUGCUUCCUAACGACACAACCACGUUUUUCAGAUACACUGGAAGCUGCUCAGCUAAGGCAAGGGACAGGGGGCAGUUCGGACAUAACCCCUUUUAGUUUUCCUAGUUUUGUGCGCCCGGAGAGUGAGCAUUGUACCCCAGGACCACAGGAAGAUCCCUCGUGUCGUCCAGUCAAGGAGAAAACAGGAUCUUUUGGAGGAUCCCUAACGACACCACCUUGCAGUGAAAACGUGCUGUGGACCAUCCUAGUGCAGCCCAAUUACGUCUCUGAUGUACAGCUACGGACUCUCCGACGACAUCUCAGAGAGGAUGGUUCGCUACUGAUUGACAACUGGCGCACUACGCAACCAAUGAACGGGAGAACUCUCUACCUUAAUAAAAAGAAACCGAAGAACGAACCCAGGAAGCCUAUGGAUGUCGCAUUUGAUAUUGCUUACGAGGUUUCACCGAUCAUUAUCUUCUGUCUUCUUAUCGUCGUGAUCAUGUGA